AAUCGUUCCGCAGCGUUAAAAUCUCAAAAAUAUUGCAAAAUGUAUAAAAAAUGAGUCGAAUUACAAAGCGGAACAAGCGGAAAUUCAGUGAAAUUAAACAAAACGUGGCAUUUUAAAUGAUUUUGUGCAGGAAACGGUAACGGGUAAUGCGUAACAGCUAACGCUCAACUGCUGCUUACGCUUAAUACAGAGCAAAAGUAUUUUGAUGUCGAUCAGGUGAUAAGAUGCCAGCAACUCUCCCCGAUUUCAGUACGCAACAUUGUCUGAAAGCGAAAUCGAGAAAAUUUCAUGAUUUCAAUGUACGUAACUCUUCGCCGACAAAAACAAGAACAAAAAGAACAACUUCAAUCCGAGCGCGAGGAGUAAUUACUAAAACAUGACGCAUAAUGCAACGGAAAAGUGCUAUCAGAAUAAUCGUAACGAUGCCUUAACCACGGACCGUCGACCAUUAUCGCCGUAUACGACGAAUACGGAUGCGGAUACGGAUGCGAGAAACUACGAUGAUGACUAUGAGUUGUGCGGCGAGGAAUGGAGUCAGGGCGAUGGCGAAGGUAAUCGUACAUUUAAUACGGCCUACGAUUACGGCACGGAUGAGCAGCACUAUUGGCCGGAGACCACGGACUACGGCUCCUAUACGGCUGGUUAUACGGCGAAAAUGUUGCCAGUCGUGCCCGGUAUGCCAAAUGGCUGUGGAUCCCAUAAUACGGAGAGUACGGAAAAUUCGUACGUCCGUCGUGGCAGUCGUUACGGUUGCCGUUUGCCCGCCGCACCCAUGGAUAAUACGGCGUAUCGCAUUUUGCCACAAAAUGAUGCAAUUGCGACGGAUGAAAGAAUUGGCAGCUUUAUCAGUUUGCCGGCAACAACGCGUAUAUUGCCGGAGCCACAGCUGAGAACACGUUCCUCAAUACAAACGCAGCAACAGCAACCGGAACUAGAGUCGGAAAUUUAUCGACCGUAUACAUCAAUGUUGCCUUUAGACUACGGCAUGGAUUACGGCAGCGAUUAUGGCGCCGAUUACGGUUCAAAUAAUGCCGAUAACUUAUCGGCUUACAGUGAUACGCCGCCAAUGAGCAAUGUCCAGCACAAGCUGCAACAGCAGCGCAAAAUAUCGCUAAUGAUGGCCAUGACUACGGCGUCGGUGAUAGCAUCCGGCGAGACAAGAAUACCCGUACAAGUACCCGUAAACGCAGCUGGACAGCAGCAGCAUUCGACAAAUUGGAGCUCAAACUCCAAUUCUUAUCAUUAUACAAAUAUUAAUAAUUUCAACUCCGGGUCAAACUACGGCUCCAAUUACGUCUCCAAAUCCGGCUUAAAUUUCGUUUCCGCCUCCGUCACGCCAUCCACUUUAGCUUUUAGCUGGUGCAAAUCGGAGACCAACUCAGCUAGAAAAUUGCCAAAACGUUUGCCAUCACCGCCCGCAUAUAGCAAAGCCAGCCAUCAUCAAUCAGUGCCAAGCGCAGCUGAAGCAUCCACAAACUCAACCUCAAUUGCUCAUCAAUCAAUUAAUCAACAGCAGCAACAACCACAACAACCACCGGCACGCAGCCACAAACAGUUGCCAAAGUUACCCAUACCUAAAGUGAAAACGCAAUUAGUUCCUAGUAAAUCAAUCAAUCAGUCAACGGCGGUUGAUGGUGCUUUCCUGACGGAUGCCGCAACUCUGGCAACUGUUGAGAGUCAAUCAAAUAAAUUGGCCUAUUGCGAUUUCGAAAUGCCAUCAAUCAAUCAUCAAUCAAAUGAACAUCAAUCAGUUCAAGCGUUAACUGACCCAAAUAAAAUCAAGAAAUUUGAAACAUGUGAAAAAAGUAAAAUUCCUCAAAUUGCUGAUUUCGCCACCACAAUCAUGUCAACCGCUCAUCAAUCAAUCAAUUCAACAACAAUAACAGCAACUCUAACAACAGCUUCUACAUCUUCCCCAUUCGAUAUUACCGAGUAUUUGAAACCCUAUAAAUACGAUCAACUCAAAUAUGACGUUGAACAAGAAAAAGAAAGAAAAGAAAAAAACAGUGCUGAUAAAUUAGAUACAUUUAAAUUGCUGGAAAUGGAAAUGCCAAAUUCCAUAACAAGCUGGAGCCAUGAAAAAACAACAACAACACCAAUGUCGUCCAAUGUUGAUAAUGCAUGUUGCGCAACAAGCACAUUUGAUUAUAUAACAACACUGGAGCGCGAAAGUGUUGCUCACGAUGUAGUCAAAACACUGGGCCAAUUAAACAACAACGUGUUCACAACAACAACAACUGCAACAGCAACAACUCCCACAACGUUAUACAACCCCGCAGCUAAAGUUAGCGCUAUCAACACUGCUUCAAUAAGUUCACCAACGCUGUCCUAUGUGGACUAUAUGAAACAAUUUCAAUUGCCCGAUUUGCCGCCCAUUCUUGAUAUUUGCAGCGAUGUUGAUGUCGAUGUCAAUCGAUUAACAGCAGCAGUGAUUAACGAUAACGAUAAAUCAACUGGUGAAUUGGGGCGCAAAACCGAAUUUCAAUUAGAAAGUUAUAUGCCUGAAGAAUUUAACGCCUGGAAUUCAGAUUUGACCAAGGAAAAGACAGAGCUGCCACCUUCUGAUCGGAAAGAGUUACAAGUUUAUGACAAAAAAGAGUUGCCAGCUGACUUGUAUAAACAAACAGAGUUGCCACCCAGCGGCAAUGAUCGACCAGAGUUGCCACAUAGCUUUUAUAAUCAGGCACAGUUGUCAGCUGGUGACAAUAAAAGAACAGAGCUGCCAACCAGCGCUUAUAAUAAGACAGAGUUGCCAGCUGACCUUUAUAAGAAAACAGAGUCGCCUGCUGACAUCUAUAAACAGCUAGAAUUGCCACCUAUCGCUUAUGAUCAGCCGGAGUUGCCACAUAUCGCUUAUGAUCAGCCAGAGUUGCCACCUACCUCUUUUGAUCAAAUAACAGAGUUGCCACUUGACCUCUAUAAACAAACAGAGUUGCCACCUAUCACUUAUAAUCAGCCAGAGUUGCAAUUUGACCUUUAUAAGCAAACAGAGUUGCCAUCUAUAUUUUAUAACCAAGCAGAGUUGCCAACCUAUGCCUUUGAUCCAGAGCCAGAUUUGCCAACUGAGCUAACAACUGCAACCUCAGCGAGCUUAACAACUGGAAAAACGUCCGCUUUCGACGAUAGUUUCUACGAUAGUUUCAAUGUCGAUUUAUCGGCACUAACAGCAACAAUCGCACAUAUCGAAAGCGAGACGAGUUUAACGACAGCCACAAAGCCAGCGAAUAAUGUGUUAUUGAUUGAUAAUAAUCAAGUGAAUGAAUUUUCGGGUGGCUAUUACAAGCCAAAUAAAACAGAGUCGCAGUUGCCGUUACAAUCACAGUCACAGUUACCGUUAGAAUCGCAGUCACAGUCACAGCCACCGAAAGCAAAGGUAGUUGCUAGUAGUGUGCUGGGCGGGCUCUCCAAAGGUUUUAAAGGUGGCUUGGAUGGUGUUUUGAGUGGCGUCAGUUCCACAAUGGAAGCGGGAAAACAUCAGAGCACGACCAGCAAUAAUAAUAAUAAAAAAGGUUUCGGUUUUGGUCUGGCAUCCAAAUUGGUGCCAAAUGUGGGCGGAUUGCUGUCGGGUGCUAGCAACAAGGAAGUGCAGCCGGUACAGCAACCGAUACAGUCGGUACAGCAGCCGGUACAGCAGUUGGUAAAGCAGUCGGUCCCCACAACAUACGCCUACGAUGAUUAUGGUUAUAGCUACGAACCAAAUGCAACGGGUGCUGCUGACCUAGCUGGUACGUCUAUAUCCCUACAAACUAAUGAUUACCUCGAUAGCCUCGAUGAGGACCUGAUGAGCGCAGACAAUUCGCACACGGAACAGCUGAACUUUGACGAUGAGUACGGCUACAGUGAGUACCCGCAAAGCUAUCCAAAUGAGGCCUACAACUACGCAGAGCCCUUCAAGGUGACCACGUGCCAGCAGAGUGAACCCAUUGAGACAAUGGCACCCUCUUUUUAUACCACAAAGAGUGAGACAGAGACGAAAACUCAACCGUUAAUUGCGAAGCUGAGCACAAAGGGUAGCGGUGGUAGUGGCAUGUUGGGUUCGAUAUUUGGGAAGGCCGCUGCAGCUGUACAGUCGGCAACGCAGAGUGCCUCAUCGGUGGCAUCAGCGGUAGUGCAAAAAACGGUGCCUGCCACAAACAGUCAGGGCAAGACUAAAGAGGUACCGAUGGGGGGAGUACCGAUGACAACAGCAGCAGCUAUGGGCGUACCGAUAACAGCAGUACCUUUAACAACUGACUACCCUCUGCUGAUGGACAGUGAUUAUAAUGAAGUAAUGACGACGAUGACGACAACAACUGGCGCUGAUUACGUCAAUAGCAAUACACAUAUACCACACAAUUACAAUGAGUUAUCGAGAAUCGAUAACACGGCAUAUACGUCAUACUAUUCGGAGGCUAAUCAGGGCCAGCAACUGCCAACGGUGCCGUUAACAAUAUCCGGCGGCAAAAAACUGCCCACCAUAAAUGGUAAAUCGAGUCUGCUCAUUAAACAACAGCCCACAGAGAUCUACGAAGAUGAUGAAGACGUGUCCGAUUUGGAACUAGAUGAGGACGAUAUCAUUAUAGAUGAAGAUGAGGAGGAGGAGGAGCUGGGGCUGGAGGAGGAGGAUCUUGUGGAGGCAGAACCGAUUUAUGGCAUGAAUAGUGAGCAGCAUGAUUACUAUAUGGAUCAGCUCAGGCAAACGACACCGUCGAGCAGUCGUCUAACAAACGAUUAUUAUGAACACAGUGUUGUUAAUGCCGGUAGUGCUGCUGCUGUUGCCAGUAGUGCUGUGGCAGCAGCGGGUCCUGUUUAUGAUUAUCGUGAGGAUUACUUUAACGAAGAGGAUGAAUACAAAUAUCUUGAGCAACAGCAGCAGAAUCAACAGCAUCCCGAUCAUCAUCAAGAGCACCCUCAACAUUCCCAACAUUCUCAAAAUCUACAUCAACAUUCAAAACAUUAUCAAUCGGUGGCCGGUCAAAAGCAAAGUUCGCUCGAUUAUCAUGGCGAUUAUCUGGAUGAGCCGUAUAACAGUGAUGACGACUGUGGCAAUUAUCUAGAUGAAAGCUCGAGUGGUAGUGUUGGACUCGGUAUUGCCAAGACCCACAAAAUACAGGAGGGCAUCAAUCAGGGCGAACAAGUUACGCAUUCGAUUGGCGUACAUCAUCCGAUACAGAAACAGGAUAGCAUUAUUAUCGAAGAGGCGGAGCCAACCCUAAACGAGGCAGCGAUCCAAAAGGAACAUCCCAACGAUGAAGAUGAGGAGGAGGAGCAUGAUGUGGAUGUGGAUGAUGAGGAUCAGUUAGCGGAUCUGUUGCCCAUUCGCAGCAAGUCGCAGAAGGCAAAGAAGGUCUUGCUGCGUGGCGAGACGGAGGAGGUUGUCAGUGGUCACAUGCAAAUUAUGCGCAAGACGGAGAUUACGGCCAAGCAGCGCUGGCAUUGGGCCUACAAUAAAAUCAUCAUGCAACUCAAUAAUGGCACGGCACCUGGCGACGUGGGUCUUCGCUCGAAUGGGCAUCCUGGCGACAAUCCGUUCUAUAGCAAUAUCGACAGCAUGCCCGACAUUCGACCCAGGCGUAAAUCCAUUCCCCUUGUCUCCGAGCUGGUGCUCAAGACUAUGGCGGCGACAAAGCGCAAUGCUGGAUUGACGUCAGCAGUCCCGCGAGCGACGCUCAACGACGAGGAAUUGAAAAUGCAUGUGUAUAAGAAAGCGCUGCAAGCGCUGAUAUAUCCAAUAUCGUCCACGACGCCGCACAAUUUCGUGCUUUGGACGGCGACAUCGCCAACAUAUUGCUACGAAUGCGAAGGGCUGUUGUGGGGUAUAGCGCGGCAGGGGGUGCGCUGCACUGAGUGCGGCGUCAAAUGUCACGAGAAGUGCAAAGAUCUGCUAAACGCCGACUGCCUGCAACGCGCUGCGGAGAAAAGUUCGAAACAUGGCGCCGAGGACAAAGCGAAUUCGAUAAUCACAGCGAUGAAGGAACGCAUGAAACAGCGCGAGCGCGAAAAGCCCGAAAUUUUCGAAUUGAUCAGAGCCGUAUUCAGCAUUGAGGAGAAAAGCCAUACGGGCCACAUGAAGGCCGUUAAGCAAAGCGUUCUGGAUGGCACCAGUAAAUGGUCGGCGAAAAUUGCGAUAACAGUGAUUUGUGCUCAAGGCCUGAUAGCGAAGGAUAAAAGCGGUACGAGUGAUCCAUAUGUGACGGUGCAGGUUAGCAAGGUGAAAAAGAGAACGCGCACAAUGCCCCAGGAGCUAAACCCUGUGUGGAACGAGAAGUUUCACUUUGAGUGCCACAACUCUUCGGAUCGCAUAAAAGUGCGCGUUUGGGAUGAGGAUAAUGAUUUGAAAUCGAAAUUGCGACAGAAAUUGACACGCGAAUCGGAUGAUUUUCUGGGUCAAACCAUUAUUGAAGUCCGUACGCUGUCCGGCGAGAUGGAUGUGUGGUAUAAUCUGGAGAAACGUACGGAUAAAUCGGCCGUAUCCGGCGCCAUUCGUUUGCAUAUCUCCGUCGAGAUCAAGGGCGAGGAGAAGGUGGCACCCUAUCACGUGCAGUAUACCUGCCUCCACGAGAACCUCUUCCACUAUCUCUGCGAGGAGAACUGCGGCAUGGUCAAGCUGCCCACGCAAAAAGGUGACGAUGCGUGGAAGCUGUACUUUGACGAGAUUCCCGAGGAAAUUGUCGACGAGUUCUCGAUGCGAUAUGGCAUCGAGAAUAUAUAUCAGGCGAUGACCCAUUUCCACUGUCUGUCGGCGAAAUAUCUGUGUCCCGGCGUGCCGGCUGUGAUGAGCACCCUGCUGGCCAACAUAAAUGCCUAUUAUGCGCAUACGACUGCCUCCUCGGCUGUAUCGGCCAGCGAUCGAUUUGCGGCUAGCAAUUUUGGAAAGGAAAAGUUUGUCAAGUUGUUGGAUCAGCUGCAUAACUCGUUGCGCAUCGAUCUAUCGAUGUAUCGGAAUAAUUUUCCCGCAUCCAGCCAGGAGAAACUCAUGGAUCUCAAGUCAACUGUUGACCUAUUGACCUCCAUAACAUUCUUCCGCAUGAAGGUUCAAGAAUUAUCGAGUCCACCGAGAGCGAGCACGGUUGUCAAGGAUUGCGUCAAAGCCUGUCUUAGAUCCACUUAUCAAUUCCUAUUCGAGAACUGCUACGAGCUCUACAACAGGGAGUUUCAGGUUGAUCCAAACGAGGCCAAACGGGAUACCGACGACCACGGACCAAAGCUGGACAGCGUCGACUUCUGGCACAAGCUGAUCGCUCUCAUCGUAUCCGUGAUCGAUGAGGACAAGAACAGUUACGGCACUGUCCUCAAUCAAUUCCCACAAGAACUGAAUAUCGGACAGGUAUAUUUAUCGGCUGCGACGAUGUGGGGCUUGUUCGCCGUGGACAUGAAGUACGCAUUGGAGGAACAUGAGCAGCAUCGCUUGUGCAAGUCAUCGGCCUACAUGAAUCUGCACUUUCGUGUCAAAUGGCUGUACAGCAAUUACGUGAAAGAGGUGCCACCCUACAAGGGGGCGGUGCCCGAAUAUCCCGCCUGGUUCGAACCCUUCGUCAUGCAGUGGCUCAACGAGAACGACGAUGUCUCCCUCGAAUAUCUGCACGGUGCCUUCAAUCGUGACAAAAAGGAUGGAUUUCAAAAGAGCAGUGAACACGCUUUGUUCUCCAAUUCGGUUGUCGAUGUUUUCACACAAUUGACGCAGUGCUUCGAUGUUGUUAGCAAACUCGAGUGUCCAGAUCCAGAAAUUUGGAAACGUUACAUGAGGCGUUUUGCUAAAACUAUCGUUAAAGUACUCAUUGCCUAUGCUGAUAUUGUGAAAAUGGAGUUCCCAGAGCAUAUGAGGGACGAACGAAUUGCCUGCAUUCUGAUGAACAACAUACAGCAGUUGCGGGUUCAAUUGGAGAAGAUGUUCGAGUCGAUGGGCGGCGAUAAGCUGGAGGAGGAUGCUGCCAACAUUCUCAAGGAGCUGCAGCAGAACCUCAACUCCGCCUUGGAUGAUCUUGCCACGCAGUUUGCUAUAAGUUUGGAACCACGCAUUACACAAUCGGUUCGGGAAUUAGGCGACAUGCUACUCUCGAUCAAGGGUGGAAGUGGACCUCUGACAGCUGGAAAUCAGGCUGUGCAAAGGAAUGCGGUUGCCGUUGAGGCAGACGAUGUGCUGAGGCCUUUGAUGGAUCUACUCGACGGGUCCUUGACCCUGUACGCCCAGUCCUGCGAGAAGACGGUGCUGAAACGACUGCUCAAGGAGCUCUGGAAGAUUGUUAUGCGAAUUCUGGAGAAGACCAUAGUGCUGCCCCCAAUGAAUGACAAGACGAUGAUGUUCAAGCACCUAACUGAUAAUGCAAAGAAUCUGGCAUCGAAUGCAAAAAUCGAAGAUAUGGGCCGUUUGUUCAAAUCGCAUAUGGCCGGCAAGCAGGAUGUGAAAAGUGCCCUUAGCGGUGUCAUGGACAUAUCAAAGGAGGUGGAGAAGAAUUUAUCGCCCAAACAAUGUGCCGUACUCGAUGUUGCCUUAGACACAAUCAAACAAUACUUCCAUGCCGGUGGCAAUGGACUAAAGAAGACCUUCCUCGAGAAGUCAUCCGAGCUGCAAAGUCUCCGCUACGCGCUCAGCUUAUACACCCAAAUGACAGACACACUCAUCAAGACGUUCAUAUCCAGCCAAGUGCACGAAGUUGAUCCUGAGAAUGCUGAGGAAAGUGUGGGCGAGAUUUCAGUGCAAAUCGAUCUAUUCUCGCAUCCGGGCACGGGAGAGCACAAAGUUAAUGUUAAAGUUGUGGCUGCCAACGAUCUGAAGUGGCAAAUACCUUCUGGCAUGUUUAGGCCAUUUGUGGAGAUAAAUCUGAUUGGACCACAUCUACAGGACAAAAAGCGCAAGUAUGCAACAAAAUCGAAGUCAAACAACUGGUCGCCCAAAUACAAUGAAUCCUUCAGUUUUGCCAUUGGCAAUGAGGAGCAAUUGGAUUUCUUCGAGCUGCAUAUUUGCGUCAAGGACUAUUGUUUCGCCCGUGACGAUCGACUCGUGGGCGUGGCAGUGAUACCCCUCAAGGAUAUAUCCGAAAAGGGAUCGGUGGCAUGCUGGUUGCCUCUGCAGCGCCGCAUCGAAAUGGAUGAGACAGGUUGGACCAUUUUAAGGAUAUUAUCGCAAAGGAAUAACGACGAGGUUGCCAAGGAAUUUGUUAAGCUUAAAUCGGAGAUACGUCAGGAACCGACCAUGGGCACUUAACUCUCACACACACACACAUGCUUAUAUACUCACACACACACACACACUCACACACACACACACACUCACACAUACACACACACUCACACACACACACACACUCACACACACACUCACACACACACACACACUCACACACACACACAAAUGUGCUCAAUCUAAACACAAAUCAUGCUUAUUCAUAUAGGAGAAUUUAUACAUUAAAGUAGCGUUACAAACAGAACUAUCCCCAACAAAUACAUAUUUAAUAAAAAGAAAACAUAUGCACUCUAAGCUAAUAUGAUAUUAUUUUGGCAUCAUUAUAUAUCAUAUAUAUAAACACAAUCUGUACAGAUGUACAAAAAAAAAACAAAAAAAAAUAUAUAUACAAAUUUUGCUUCCCCAAAAGAACCAAAGGAUUACAUUCCAUAAUCACCUAUAUAAUCACACAUAUACAUAUACAAAUAUAUAUACAUAAACUAUAUAUAUAUAUAUAUACAUUCAUAAUUACAUCGGAAAUGUAAGAUUGUCAUUAAGCGCACAUUCCUAGAUUUUUUGUAUAUAAUAAGUACCUGUGUAUAAAAUUAAUCAUU